GUGCCGCGGCGGGUAAGGGGAGCGGCGGUGGCUGGGCAGAGAGGAGGCAGAGCGCGGGGGGCGAGCCAGGGAGCGCCGCGCUCUCCCUCCCAAACUUUGAUGAUGACCAUGACUACGAUGGCUGACGGGCUGGACGCGCAAGACUCCUCCAAAUCCGCCUUCAUGGAGUUCGGGCAGCAGCAGCCGCCGCCGCCGCAGCCGCCGCCGCCGCCCCACUCCCAGCAGAGCUCGCCGGCCAUGGCCGGCGCCCACUACCCGCUGCACUGCCUGCACUCCGCCGCCGGCUCGCACCCGCACCACCAGCACCACCACCACAGCUCGCCCUACUCCGGCAGCGCCGGCUCCUACAACCACCGCUCCCUGGCCGCCUACCCCUACGUGAGCCACUCGCAGCACAGCCCUUACCUCCAGUCCUACCACAACAGCAGCGCGGCCAGCCAGACGCGGGCGGACGAUGCAGAUCAGCAAAAAACCACGGUGAUUGAAAACGGUGAAAUCAGAUUCAAUGGAAAAGGGAAAAAGAUUCGGAAGCCUCGAACCAUUUACUCUAGUCUACAGCUCCAGGCUUUAAAUCAUCGCUUUCAGCAGACUCAGUACCUGGCACUUCCAGAGAGAGCUGAACUGGCAGCUUCAUUAGGACUUACCCAGACACAGGUGAAGAUCUGGUUUCAGAACAAGCGCUCCAAAUUCAAGAAGCUGCUGAAGCAGGGCAGCAACCCCCACGAGAGCGACCCUCUGCCCGGCUCCGCCGCCCUCUCCCCUCGCUCUCCAGCUCUGCCUCCAGUCUGGGACGUUUCAGCUUCUGCCAAGGGAGUCAAUAUGCCUCCCAACAGCUACAUGCCUGGCUAUUCUCACUGGUAUUCUUCUCCACAUCAAGACACAAUGCAGAGACCACAAAUGAUGUGAGUUGUCCAAGAGAAAUAAUCUCCCAAGAACGCCUCGUCUCGACAUGGCAAGAAGUUCCCCUGCUUUGCCAAGCCGUGCCAGCUAACAGGCUCUGUGUGAACUUGUAGAUGCGGCAAAGAGACAGAGUGGCUUUAUUUUAUUUUAUUUUUUUUAAGUAACCUCAGCGAUUGAUCUUGAACAGAAAGACACAAUUUUCAUUCUGGCGCACAGAA